AUGGCGCCGGCAGAUGGGUACUCGGCGCCGGGCGUCGCUUCCUACGACUCCAACACAAUGACGGUUGGCGAUGGCACCUGGGACUUUAGCAAGAACACUUUCCUAUUGCCCAACCUCGUCGGCCUCAAUUUCGAGACGAUGCAGUACAAUGGCAUGGGCAAUCGCUUCUCCACAGUCGCCCAGUAUCAUACUCUAGUACUCGCCCAUGGUGUCAUGGCCGCCAUCAUCUUCCUCCUAAUCGUCCCGUUGGCCGUCUUCACAGCCCGGUUCUACACGGCGAAACCAGGCUACGCGAUACCCUACCACGCUCAACUCAACAUCCUCGCCGCGCUCAUGCUCGUUGCCGUCUUUGUCCUGGGCUGGUUCGCAGUCGGCCCCGAACGAAGCUGGACCAAUCCGCACCACGCAAUCGGCCUGGCCAUCUUCAUCAUGUUCCUCCUCCAGAUCAUCGGUGGCCGGCUUGUGAGACACAUCAGGGGACGUUCGCUUCGCAAAAUGUUUCACCGCUGGAGCGGGCGGCUCAUUGCGCUCCUCGGCAUCAUCCAAGUCCCUCUCGGUCUGACUCUCUACGGCUCGCCCAAGUGGACUUUCGUCAUCUUCUCCCUAUGGCUAGCCUUCCUGUUACUCGUCUACUUCAUCCUCAGCUACCGUGCCGAGGGCGCAGACCACCGUGGUCGCGAGACUUACAUCAGCGGAGGCCGCUCUGAAGGCCCGAGCGGCAUCACCGAGUCGGAGUACUACAGCGAUGUCUACACCGAGAAACCCAAAAAGGACCGGAAGUGGCUGGCUCCCCUCGCGGCGGGGGCGACAAUCGCCGCUUUGUUCAGUCGCAAGAAGCACAAGGAGAAGGAGAAGGAACUCAGCCGAGAGCGAUCGCGAUCGAGAAGUCACAGCCGGGGGCCGGAGGUGAUUGGUUCACGGCGUGGAUCCGCCAGCUAUCUCACGUCCCGAAGGGGCUCAGGCACAUACCUCGAAGACGAAAAGUUCACCGAAGUCGAUUCUCGACGGGACGAUAAAAAAUCGGGAGGUUUCCUGUCCAAGCUGGCCGGCGUCGGCGCCGUCUUGGGUGCUGGCAAACUUGUGUCCAAUCUGAUGAAGCGCAAGGAGAAGCAGACGUACGACGAAGAAUACUCUGCCGUAUCAGUAGAGACACCGAGACGUCGCCCGAGCCGGAGCUACCCCGCUACGAGUGAGUAUACCGACUACACAGACUGGACUGAGGACACCCCACCACCCAGGCGUGGACCCCGCGACGGUUCCAUCCUACCGCCACCUGGAGGACCGACAGCCGCAGCCGCGGCCCUGAGCGCCGCUGAACCGCGAACCCACCGUCCCCCGCACGCCAGGACCCGAUCUCAGUAUAGCUUCGAGGACUCGGAAUAUUCAUCGUACGUCAGCCCGUCCAGACGGAGGGACGACCCACCCGCCGGCCCCGCCGGUGGGGCCGGAAAGGGCAUCCUCGCGGGCCUGGGUCUGGGAUGGUUCGCUAAGAAGCUGGCCGACCGCAAGUCCAAGCGCGCAGAGGAGCACAGGAUCCGAGAAGAAGAGGACAUGAGGUCCGGCAUCACCGGAUCGAGGUAUACGGGAGACGGCUUCCAUUCCCCAUCUCGCGACCGGAGAGGCUCCCGCCGCAUGAGUGGGCGGCGACCGAGACCUCCCAUGUCUGCAUUGAGCACCGAAAUCACACAAAUGACCGAAUCCUCCGAAUUGGAACCCCGCCCUCCCGGCACAGGCUACGGAGGCCCGCCGAUGCCACCCCUCUCCGCCGGUCCCCCACCGCCACCCGGCGGGCCAGGAAUUUACCCCGUCGGUGACCACUCCCGAACAACCUUCUCCAGGCACGAUGUCGUCGAGUCCGGCAUCAGCAUGCCAGCGAUGCCUCCCGACCCAGCAGGUGUCCUCCACCGCGAAUCCGAGAGCGACGCCUACGGCGGCUCGCCUAGCGGCCGGCCCCGACGACGAGACUCCUCCAAGCGCAGGCGGGCCGGCGAAGAGGCAGCCGCCGCGGCCGUCGCCUCGGCGAGCGUGCUCGCGGCGGAGGAGAACGCGCGCCGCCACCGCGCCCAGUCUGAGCGCUCGCAACCCGUGAGCGUCAAGGUCAAGGUCCACGAUGACAAGGACAGGAACAUCACGCUGCGGAGGCUGACGGAAGAGGAAGCCGCCGCCAGCAGGCGCGGCGAAAGGCGGAGGCGCGCCGAGUCCGUGAGCAGCCUAUACGGGAGCGAAGUUGGCAGCGGGCGACGAUACCGCCGCGACUCGAGCCAGAGGAGGGCAGAAUCGGCAGCCGAACGAAUGGCGGAGACGGGAGCAGGAGGAGCAAGAGACGGUAGCCUCCCGCCGCCGAACCCUGCCUUCGCCGCGGGCCGACAACCAAAGGACUCGGCAUAUUACUCGGGUGGCCCGCCGCCACCUCCGCCGGGAAUGAUGGGCGAAGGAAACGUCUCGAGCAUAGGCAGCGAGAACACCCACGGUACAUGGAGCCAAAUGAGCAGCCCCUCGCCCAGUGCCGCAGCAGCCCAGAAGACUAACCUCGUCGAAACCGCAGCAGCCGAUAAUCGUCGCAGGCGCAGGCAGGAGCGUAGACGGAGCAGCGCGAGCCGCCCCACGGGCGCCGACAUGUUUGAUUAA